AUGUUUAAGGCAGCAGUGCUACUUUCUCAUCGAUAUAAUAUAACAAUUGACGGAGAAUUUCUAGGAUGGCAAGUAGCGGAAACUACUGGGGGUAUAAUUGAUGCGCUUAGCGAUGCAUGUCGUGCAGUGUUGAAUUUAAAUACAGUUGGUAUCAUUGGUCCAGAAUUAUCGCGAGAAUCUCAAUUAGUAGCUCCUUUUGGCGAAAAACUUGGUAUACCUGUUAUAUCAUAUGCUUCUACUGAUCCUGAUUUAUCUGAUAAAAAAACUUAUCCAACUUUUUAUCGUACAGUUCCUUCGGAUGAUGCAGCUGCAUCAUCCCCUGUUAAAUUAUUUAUUCGAUUUAAUUGGACAUCAUGUUCAAUUAUUUAUCAAAAUGAUGCAUUUGGAUCUGGUGGAGCCAAAGCUAUAAAUGAAGCAUUUAAUCAAAGUAAAUUAACAGUAACACAAAUGGUUAUCUUUGAUAUUAGUUAUCGUGGGUUUCGUGGAGAUUUAAAAAAUUCUCUAGUUAAUAGUCCAACACGAAUUGUUAUUGUAUGGGCUGAAUCAAUUUAUACAUCUAUUAUAUUACAAAAAGCUCUUGAUUUGAAUUUAGUUGGUCCAUCUUUUACAUGGAUACUAAGUUCUAGUGUUUCAUUUGAUUCUUUUAAUAAAACAUUUCAGGAAAAUUUAAUUGGAAUGCUUCUUAUUGAACCAGUUGUAGGAUCAGUUGUCAAUGCACCAAUUAAUCAAACAUUAUUAGAUUCAGCAUUUAAUAUUUGGCAACAAUAUGAAAAUGAAACAUAUCCUGGAUCGACAAACGUUAAUUAUUAUGCAUUAUUUGCAUUUGAUGCAACAUGGACAUUAAUUCAAUCAUUACAAAAAUUGUGUUCAUCAACAAUAAAUAAUUCUUCUUCAUGUUUAUCAUUUGUUAAAUCUUCAUUCUGUUUUGAUAAUCGUUUUAAUCAAUCGAAUUUAUUGUUAGAUACACUUAGUACAACAGAAUUUCUUGGUGUAUCUGGUCCUGUACAAUUUACUUCUAAUUCUACAAAUAGAAUAAAUGGUUUAUAUUAUUCUUUAAAAAAUCUUCAAUCUUUGACCAAUGGUUUAAAUUUUGUGUCUGUAUUAGAAUAUGUGGAUCCUGGAAAUUGGAGAACACCUUUAAAAGAAAAUGUUAUUAUAUGGCCAGGAACUACAUUAAUAAAACCAUCUGAUCGAGCACUUCUUAAAGGUGUAACAUUACGAAUUGGUAUUAUUCGAGCACCCCCAUUUCUAAUUGUUGAAAAUAUAACAGAUAAUACUGGACAGAUUAAUAUACGGUAUAGUGGUUAUAUGUGGGAGCUACUUGAUCUUUUAAAAAAUAAAAUUGGAUUUAAUUCAAUAAUUCAUUUAGCACCAUCAAAUCAAACAUAUGCUCAAAUAGUUCAAUCGGUAAA